AUGCUUGCACCAUGCCCGGCCAUCCAGCAGAGGUGGGAACCUGAUAGUCAUCAUGACCUUGUACUGCGAGACCUGCCAGCCCGUCACAGGUUUGGCAGGCAGGAAGGGCUGGAGGACGAGCUCGCAGUGAUCGAGGCACGGCUUGCAGAAUGGGAUGGACAAGCAGACGGGGAUGAGGACGAGCUCGAUGACUUGCCAGGAUAUCCCCUUGAACAGCCUGCCAGCGGCAAGACUGCGUCUGGAUUAGUUUGGAAGCGGCGAGUCAUCCCUGCCUCCCGUUUACCGGAGUUGCUGGCGCGGAACAACGGGGAGCCGAUUCGCAAGGAGCCCAAGGGCAAGAACGCGGAGGCACGAGAGCGCUGGCACAAGGCCAAGGAGUUGGCGACGGAGGGCAAGGAGAUGGACCGUACUCUGCGCCGAGUGCGGGAUCUCACCAAGAAAGUCCAGCAGUUCAUGUUCUACACCGAAAGCGAGGCCUCCGUGGCAAAGUUGCAGACCAUGUUGGCGCAAUACCACCACAAUUGGGACACCAAGCGCUAUGGUCGCCUUGCCUCCGGCCUGAACGACAUCUCAAGGCUGGCAUAUCCCAUCGAGAACCUCAUCGAUGUUCGCACCUUCGAAUGCCAUGACGUAGUGCAGCAAGAGCUGGGCAUGGCAGUGCAGAACGAGCUCACGCGCCGCGCAGAGCCUAUGGAGCUGCAGCGCUGGCAGCGAGAGACGGCGCCGCGGACGCCAUCGAAAACGGGGGGAGGAACAGGCUGA